AUGGUCGAGCGUGCGGGUGUUCUGCAGAACCCCAUCACUGUCUUCUUCGCCCAGACACAGGGCUUGUCGAAGACCGACAAGAAGAAGGUGGAGAGUUUGCGCCUGACAGACGCAGACUGGGAGACCCUGCAGGCGGUGAAGACAUUCCUAAGCCCCUUCUCCAAGGUCUCCAAGGCAGCAGAGGGGGCGGCGUACCCGACUGUGUCGAUGGUGGUGCCGUACUACAACGGCCUGAUCGACGCCAUGGAGCCGCGCCUUGCCAAGGGGCCAUCUCCGACGCUGCAGCCGAUGAUCGUGGCGGCGCUGAGCCACUUGAAGAAGUACGCCUACAUCGCCAGCAACGAGUACUGGAUCGCCACCUUCUUGGACCCAUCCAUGAAGGCGGCGUGGUUCGACGACGCGCACUGGGAGAAGCUGCAUCCCGAGACCGACAGGAGGGUGAGGCCGCGUCCGGCGUCUGGCGAGGUGAUCAAGCUGGUGCGCGACCGCGUGGCCGAGUACCAGGCCCGGGCUGCAGAGCUUGCUCCACGGCCGACCCCACUUGCCCCCGUUGCGGAGGAGGAGGAGGGAGACGAGGAGGACGACGAUGACGCGCAGUUUCUCCCUAGUCGCCGACGACUUGCGGCGCGUCUGUCGGCGAGCCAGGAGGCGGGGGCGGGUGGGAUGGUGCAGGAUGACGAGGUUAGCAGGUACUUGUCCGAGAGGGUGCGGUGCGACGUGACAGCGCUAGAGUACUGGCGCAGUGCCACCAACAUGCAGACGCUGAGGCGCAUGGCCCGGGAAUAUCUCGCCAUCCCUGCCACGUCUGCUUCGAGUGAGCGGGUGUUCUCCCUUGGUCGCAACCUCAUUUCCUGGAAGCGGCAUCGCCUGGCCUCUCAGAGGACGCGAGCUGUCAUGAUUCUCAGAUCAUGGUACAGUUCACACCCUGGCCAGAGGAUAGGCGAGGGCCGCCGACCGAGAGGCGUCGCACCACCAGAGUUCGCCAUUGAGGGCGACGGGGCAGAGGAGGAUGACGAGGAGGAGGAGGAGGAGGGUGUGGAGGCUGACGACACAGCUGGUGGAGAGGAUGCUGUUGUUGGUAGUAGCAGUGGCGCCUUAGUCACUUAG